ACCUCUCCCCUGCCAUGGCGCAGUUUGUGUUUGAGAGCGACUUGCACGGUCUGCUGAAGCUGGACACCCCGAUCCCCAACGCCCCGCUGGCGCGAUGGCAACGCAAGGCCAAGGAGAGCAGUGCCUCUGUUGCUGGCCCCGGGCCCAGCCCUGCCAACACCAGCAGCACUGGCCUCUCCCCCAUGAAACCAGCCAACCGGUCCCACAGCACCAGCAAAACCCCCUCCAAGACCCCCGGUAAAUCAGGAUCCAAAAUCCAGAGCACACCGACCAAGGCAGGCGGGGAUCGCUAUAUUCCCAACCGCAGUGCCAUGCAGAUGGAGGUCGCUAGCUUCCUCUUGACCAAAGAGAAUGAUUCUUCUGAGGAUACACCUACCAAGAAGGAGCAACAGAAGGCUUGGGCGCUGAAUCUGAAUGGGUUUGAUGUGGAAGAAGCAAAGAUCCUCCGGCUUAGUGGGAAGCCUCAAAAUGCCCCAGAAGGUUACCAGAAUAACCUGAAAGUGCUCUACAGCCAGAAAACAACACCUGGGUCCAGCAGGAAGAAUGGCAGAUAUAUUCCCUCCAUGCCAGACCGGAUCCUGGAUGCGCCAGAGAUCCGUAACGACUACUAUCUGAACCUCAUUGACUGGAGCUCCCAGAACUUCCUGGCUGUGGCUCUGGAUAACUCUGUGUAUCUGUGGAAUUACUCCUCUGGCGAGAUCAUCCAGCUGCUGCAGAUGGAGCAGCCAGAUGACUACAUCUCAUCAGUGUCCUGGAUCAAAGAAGGAAACUACCUUGCUGUUGGCACCAGCAAUGCUGAGGUCCAGCUGUGGGACAUACAGCAACAGAAACGGCUCCGAAAUAUGACCAGCCAUUCUUCCCGUGUAGGGUCACUGAGCUGGAACAGCUACAUCCUCUCCAGUGGGGCGAGGACCGGUCAUAUCCAUCACCAUGAUGUCCGGGUUGCUGAGCACCACGUGGCCACGCUUGCUGGCCACACGCAGGAGGUGUGUGGGCUCAAGUGGUCGCCCGAUGGUCGCUACCUGGCCAGUGGAGGCAAUGACAACCUGGUGAAUGUCUGGCCAUGUGCCCAAGGGGACAGUGGUGACUUUGCUCCUGUGCAGACCUUCACUCAGCAUCAGGGUGCUGUCAAGGCUGUGGCCUGGUGCCCAUGGCAGUCAAAUGUCCUGGCCACAGGUGGUGGGACAAGUGACAGACACAUCAGGAUCUGGAAUGUGUGUUCAGGCACCUGCCUCAACGCGGUAGAUGCCCACUCCCAGGUGUGCUCCAUCCUGUGGUCGACAAACUACAAGGAGUUCAUUUCUGGUCAUGGCUUUGCACAUAAUCAGCUGGUGGUGUGGAAAUACCCUACCAUGGCCAAGGUCACAGAGUUGAAAGGUCACACAGCCAGAGUCCUGAACCUGACCAUGAGCCCCGAUGGCUCAAUAGUGGCAUCUGCAGCCGCUGAUGAAACAUUGCGGCUUUGGCGCUGCUUUGAGAUGGAUCCGGUGAAGAAGAAGGAGAAGGCAAGCAGUGCCAAGAGCAGCAUCAUUCACCAGGGCAUCCGGUGAGCCUGCGAGAUGCCACUGGCAAGAGAUGUGGCUACACUCUGUACAGUAUUUUAAAUGUCAAUAAAUACCUUAGUCUGCUUUUA